AUGGAGGCGCCGCCCGCUCCUCCCGCCGUACCGCCCGCUCCCUGCAGCGUGGCCCGCAGCCUGCAGGACGAGUUGACGUGCCCGGUGUGCCUGGAGUACUUCAACGACCCGGUGCUGGUGGCCGAGUGCGGUCAUAACUUCUGCCGCGCCUGCGUGACCCAGUGCUGGGAGGACUCGGCGCGGCGGCUCUGCUGCCCGCAGUGCCGGGAGCCGGUGCCGCAACGGCUUUUUCGCCCUAACCGUUCUCUCGGGAACAUCGUCCACAUCGUUCGCCAGCUGGGGCUGCCGCCGGGCCCCGCCGAACCGCCGCCGGGGCCUCCCGCCCCCGCCCCGCCUCUGCCCGCUGCCGCUCCUCCCGGCCCGCCGGGCCCACCGCGUUGCCCCCGCCACGGAGAACCGUUGCGGCUCUACUGCGUGCAGGAUCGCCGCGCCGUCUGCGUCGUCUGCCACCUUUCCCGGGAGCACCGCACCCACACCGUGCUGCCCGCCGAGGAGGCGGCCCACGCCGCAGAGGAGGUGCCGCAGGAGCAUUUGAGCUCCCUGAGGAAAGGGCGCGAAGAAGCCAAGGCUGAGAGGGAGAGGCAGAGCGAAGACUUGCUGAAGCAGACCGAAGUGGAGAGGCAGAAGAUUGUGGCCGAGUGCAAGGAGCUCCGGGGCUUCCUGGAGGAGAAGGAGCAGCUCCUGCUAUCCCGUCUGGAGGAGCUAGACAGAGACAUCGUCAAGAGGAGAGAUGAGAGCGUCUCCCAGCUCUCUGAGGAGAUUGCCCAGCUCGAUAAGCUGCUGAGCGAGCAAGGAGGAGAGAACAGCCCAGGAAACCAGUCUGGGCAGGGUGUUGCCCCGGCUGGAAGCAGCUUUGAGAGCUGGAUGUUUUGCAAGCCAGAGGCUGGCUUCACGGAGCUGGAGAAGAAACUCAAGAGCUUUUCUCAGAAGAGUGCAGUGCUGAAAGAGGUCUUGCUGGAGUUCAAGGAGAACCUCCGGUUCGAGCUGGAGAAUGACACAGGUGAUCUCUCUCUGGACCCGGACACUGCCAACCCCUACCUGGUGCUGUCGGAAGACAAGAGGAGCGUGCGGCUCAGGAGUGCUCCCCAGGAAUUGCCGGCAAACCCCAAGAGAUUCGAUUACUCCUUCUGCGUGCUGGCGGUGGAGGGUUUUGUAGCUGGGAGGCAUUACUGGGAGGUGGAGGUGGGAGACGGAGAGAGCUGGGUCCUGGGGGCGGCCCGCGAGUCGGUGCGGAGGAAGGAAAAAAUCGACUUUGCUCCGGAGGAGGGGAUCUGGGCGGUGGGGUUGAACUGGAAGGGGAAGAAUUGGGAUCAGUAUCAGGCUUUCACCUCCCCGGAGACGCCCCUGUCCCUGUGCGAGAGGCCCAGGAAGAUCGGGGUGUACCUGGACUACGAAGGCGGGUGGGUGGCGUUUUACAACGCCGAUAACAUGGCUCCCAUCUUCACCUUCACGGCCGCUUUCACUGAAAAGAUCUUUCCUUUCUUCUGGCUCUUCUACGUGGGCUCCUCGCUCUCCCUUUGCAAUUGACCCGUCCAGUUUCUUUAACCCUCCCCAAGGCGACCUGCAAGUAGUGCCUGAUCCUGUCCCCUUUUUCCCCUUGCUUUUAGACCAAGGACCCCAAAACUCAUGACUGUCCCUUGUUCGGCUUUGGGGUUAACUUUUUUUUCUUGUUGCAUUUAAAAGUUUUGGGUCUCUUUUACCCUGAAAACCUUCCUCUGGGGCAUCAACCAUUGAGGGUGGCUGCUUGAAUAGCCUCUACGUGGGGUUAUUUCCCCCCCCUCUGGCCUGCUGUAUAAGCAACCCCGUAUAUUUUGUUUGUUUGUUUUGUUUGAAGUUGGCUGCCCCAUGUAAACAGGGAUGUAACCAGGGAGAAAAGCUACCUUAGGGGUUUACCGCAUCCCGCAUUGAUCCGUAGCCAAAGCCGCCUGCUUUUGUGCACCUCGAGGGCUAGAAAACCUGCGUGAGGAGGAGAGGCAUCGUACCCAACCCCUGAUUUCUGACACCGUUGCUCUGCAGGUCACCUUUUUGCUUCCCCCCCCCCACCCCGUCCUCGCUUCCCUUUCCUCCUUGGGAAAGGGCCGAGCCCGUUUUUGGCUGCCGCUAGCGCUAAGAGAGCAAAACCUCGCGAUCUUCCCUCGCCGCUUCCCCCCGCCCCGUUAACGCUGAGCAUCCGUAGGGCCGGAGCAGAGCCGAGCACUGGGAGCCGCAGCCCUGGGGAUGGAGGCAGUGUGAGCUGGGGGGGGCAGGUAAAGGGGAGAUGGAUGUUUUUGGGUCAACCCAAAAGCAGGGGCAGGGGUGUCGCUGUAGGGAGAAGGCGAGGACGUGCCGUAAACCCUGGAGCCUCUCGGGCGCGCUCGGAAUCGCAGAUUUUGGGGGUUGGCUUUGUGGAUGUGGGUAGCUCCCGAUGGAACCCCAGGCUGUGUCGUGGGGAAGGAGGGGGAAGCCUUGUUUUAGGUGUGAUCUCGCGCGUGCUUAUAAACCCCUGCCCGCCCUCGUGUGAUCCCGCGAUGCUGUUAUGUCUCUUUGCCCUGUCACUCUGUUUAGUGGGGAAAUAAAAGUUGCUGUGCAAAAAA